UCAUCCCGGCGGCUCGGAUGUGGAAAAUACUGUUUAAAGUCUCUCUGAAUGCAUUUAUGAUGAACAAGCAGGCUUUUCUGACAGGUACCCGAGUGACCGUUCGGUGUCCUUUCAUCUCCUCGUUUGGUUUUUUUGGAUGUGCUGCUCUCCGCUCCCUAUGUUCUGUGCUUUCCAUCUGAUAUUUCCAAAGACUCCUCAAGAUCUAUGCCUUAGUUCUGAUUGGACAUUAUUUAAAAAUACGUACAUAUAUUCUGUAUAUAUAGCUUUAUAAAUUUCUGAUAGGAAUUCAGGUGACAACCAUCACCUGUAUCACCCUUCUUCCCCUGUCCCUCUUCUUCACAUCAGAUUAAGAGGAGCAUCAGAACACACUUUGGUCCAAACAUACGCACACACAUAGAUAGGCCACCAUGUCCUCCAUCCUUCCUUUCACUCCCCCAGUAGUGAAACGCCUCCUCGGAUGGAAGAAGACUCCAACAGGUAGCGGGGGAGCAGGAGGAGGCAUAGGAGGAGUAGGGGAGCAGAAUGGAGGAGGACAGGAGGAGAAAUGGUGUGAAAAAGCUGUGAAGAGCCUGGUGAAGAAGUUGAAGAAGACGGGUCAGCUGGAUGAGCUAGAGAAAGCCAUCAGCACACAGAACAGCAACACAAAGUGUGUCACCAUACCUAGCAAUUGCUCAGAUCUAUGGGGUCUAGGCUCAGGCCACACGAUAGAGCAGUGGGACUCUGCAGGCAUGUACGGAUACCCUGACCACAGCAGGUCACUGGACGGGCGUCUUCAGGUGUCCCAUCGUAAGGGCCUGCCACACGUCAUCUACUGCCGCCUGUGGAGAUGGCCUGACCUUCACAGCCACCAUGAGCUGAGGGCCAUUGACACCUGCCAGUACGCCUUCAAUCUCAAGAAGGAUGAAGUCUGUGUCAAUCCGUACCAUUACCAGAGAGUGGAGACGCCUGUUCUGCCUCCAGUGUUGGUGCCACGCCAUACAGAGAUUCUGACAGAGCUUCCGCCUCUAGAUGACUUUACAAACUCCAUCCCUGAAAAUACCAACUUUCCUGCUGGUAUAGACCCUCCUAAUAACUAUAUACCAGAGACUCCUCCACCUGGCUACAUCAGUGAGGAUGGAGAGACCAGCGACCAGCAGAUGAAUCAAAGUAUGGAAUCAGGCUCACCAGCAGAAAUGUCACCAAGCACCCUGUCGCCUGUCAGUCAUGGCCUGGACCUUCAGCCGGUCACCUACAGUGAACCAGCAUUCUGGUGCUCUAUAGCCUACUAUGAGCUAAACCAGCGGGUUGGAGAGACAUUCCAUGCCUCACAGCCAUCUCUGACAGUCGAUGGUUUCACCGACCCCUCCAACUCUGAACGCUUCUGUUUAGGGCUUCUCAGCAAUGUGAACAGGAACGCAACUGUUGAAAUGACAAGGAGACAUAUAGGUCGCGGUGUGAGGUUGUAUUACAUCGGAGGGGAGGUGUUCGCCGAGUGCCUGAGCGACAGUGCCAUUUUUGUCCAGAGUCCUAACUGCAACCAGCGAUACGGAUGGCAUCCUGCCACAGUCUGCAAGAUACCACCAGGCUGUAAUCUGAAGAUUUUUAACAACCAAGAGUUUGCUGCACUCCUGGCUCAGUCAGUCAAUCAGGGGUUCGAGGCAGUCUACCAGCUAACCAGGAUGUGCACCAUCAGGAUGAGCUUCGUCAAGGGCUGGGGAGCAGAGUACAGACGUCAGACAGUAACCAGCACCCCUUGUUGGAUUGAGCUGCAUCUUAAUGGCCCCCUCCAGUGGUUGGAUAAAGUGCUGACCCAGAUGGGCUCACCUUCAGUGCGCUGCUCCAGCAUGUCAUAAACAGGGUCCUGCUGAUGCGGACGGAAAGUCAGACUGACAUUUCACAAUGUUUGAACAGUAUGUCCUAAAGGAGACAACCAUGCGGUCUUAAACUGAUGUACUAACAGCAUUUUGAAAACAAAACAAAAACAAACAAAAAAUGAUUACACAAUGGACCGGGAGAUGAGUGAAUGACAGGACUAAUGGACAAUAGUGGAAUGUUAAGAGUGAUGUCACACUGGACCUGAUUACCUUUGGCUCUGUUGGAUCAACGUCAGGCUGACAUUCCAGUAAUCAUGGACCUAAUAAUAAUUGAAAUCACCCUGCAGUAUCAAAAUGACGAGAGUCAUGUCGUAACGGACCGGACUGCAUUGAUGUUUUAAUUAUUUGACCGAGGCUCUGAUUCAGAAACACAAAGCAGGGCCGGGCUCUAGUGUCCUCCUCAAUGACACAUCAAAGGCUGUUUCUGGGAUUGACCAUGUGACCUUUUUAGUUACAGGACAGUGUCUCGAACCACUAGUCCACCUUGCCUCUUCACACCUACCAUAGCACAAGCUUUGACUCGGCAUCAAUAUUUCCGCUCACACAAGUUUGACUAAAAGAAGUACUGCCACUCCAGGGUCGCGUUCAACCAAAGUCAACUUCACACCUGAAUCAUGAAUUUCUUAGCAUUUCUCGGUUUUGGUGACCAAACUUCCUGUCCAUUCUUAUAUCCACUUUUCUUGCUUCUCUCCCAAUCAGUCGUAGGUUGUCGUGACCACAGAUCUGACUACGACGGACUGCACGGUCUUCAGUUCUUAGAGGGGUGUCCACUGGGACAACAAGUUUAUGUCUGUAAUUAAUAUCACGUACCCCGCCUUCACAUGUUCACGUGCACACACAUACUGUAACAGACACUUUUGCAGUUCAUACAUCACUUAACUAGCUAUUUUAACACGAUUGUUUUGACAUAACAAAAAUGAAUUUCCUCUUUGUGCUAAAUGUCGAUUGGUGCUAUUCAACUAAAAGUGUGCAGUUGGGCAGAUGUUUGAGCGUGGAUCAGAGCUGAAACAAAAGGACUAUGACUUUUAUUCUUCUGUGAGGAAUUUUUAAUUUUAAAGUGUGGACAUUUGCUAACCAGCACAGAUAACUGGAAUGAUUAAGCUAAGGAAUCAUCAGAGUAAGAGCGUAUGACAUGUCACCCUUGUGGAACUCCAGCUUAAAUCUUUCAACUUUUAGAAACUAAUACAUGCAGAAGGAGUUAUCCACAGAUAGUUUUCUGGGCCCAAAAGGAUACACUAUCUCUCUUUCUCUCCUGCAUGUUUUUGCUCUCUCUCUCCCAUUGUCUCCAUUUUUCCAAUUAUCUCAUCUUGUAUAUGGAGGGGAGUCCUAUGUCAGCCUUAGUCAGGAUCAGGACUCAGUGUAAACCCAAGAGUCAAAACUUCAGUGUCGCCCCCUGCUGUUUAGAAGACAAAAAGAUAAACGGUCAUCACUUAACGUUUCACUGAUGCAGAAAAUGUGCAAGUCUCUCUUUAUUAUAUACUUGGACUGAUGCGCGGUUUUCUCCAUUGACAUUUUAUUUAUAGGAAAAGUCCUGCAGUGUGGGACUUUAAAUAUUGCCCCUGAACUGUACUUGCACUGCCCCAAAUCAAGCACCCAUAAGAAAGAUGCCUUUGAUGUAAAAUACAGCAAAAUAUGCUUUGAAAUGUACAGAUAGGAAUGUUGAAAAUCCCAUUUGAAGUAAAAAAAAAAAAAAAAAAAAAAAAAAA